GCAAAAGCGCACAGUUCCCGUUCCCCCUCCGACCCGUUCAUUCCGCUUGGUUUUCUCCUCCUCCGUCCUCUUCGCUCCCCGUCAGACCAUCCCUGUGAGGCUGUGACGCAACCGGGCGCCGGCGGUCUCUCCUGCACCACAGGGCACGCCGCCUCCCGCGCACGUGUUCUCCUCUUCCGGGGAUUCAGAUCUGGGGAUUGCUAUUCUGUCCGUCUGACUCCGUCCGUCCCGAGGCGCGGCGAGGGGAGCGAGAUGGGUUACAUUGGCCACCACGGCGUCGCCACGCUGCGGCGCUACAAGUACAGCGGCGUCGACCACUCGCUCGUCGCCAAGUACAUCCUCCAGCCCUUCUGGUCCCGAUUCGUCAACAUCUUCCCGCUAUGGUUCCCACCGAACAUGAUUACACUGACAGGUUUCAUGUUUCUACUGACAUCAGCAUUCCUUGGCUUUUUAUAUUCACCCCAUCUAGAUACAGCACCCCCCAGAUGGGUUCACCUUGCUCAUGGACUGCUUCUCUUUCUUUAUCAGACUUUUGAUGCUGUGGAUGGAAAACAAGCAAGGCGUACCAACUCAUCAAGUCCUCUAGGCGAGCUUUUUGACCACGGAUGUGAUGCGCUUGCGUGUGCUUUUGAAUCCUUGGCUUUUGGAAGCACGGCGAUGUGUGGAAAGGCUACCUUCUGGUUUUGGUUCAUUUCAGCUGUCCCAUUUUACUUCGCAACCUGGGAACACUUUUUUACAAAUACACUUAUUCUUCCUAUAGUCAACGGACCAACUGAAGGCCUUAUGCUGAUCUACUUGUGCCAUUUUUUCACCUUUUUCACAGGAGCCGAGUGGUGGGCACAGGAUUUUCAGAAGUCAAUGCCCCUGCUGGGUUGGGUUCCUCUUAUCUCUGAAAUCCCGGUGUAUGACAUUGUGCUAUGUCUUAUGAUUGCUUUUGCUGUAAUCCCAACAAUUGGAUCUAACAUCCACAAUGUAUAUAAAGUCGUUGAAGCAAGAAAAGGAAGCAUGCUUCUGGCACUAGCCAUGCUCUUUCCUUUUGGUUUGCUCUUGGCUGGAGUUCUUGUCUGGUCCUACCUUUCUCCUUCAGAUAUAAUGAGAACCCAACCACAUUUGCUAAUUAUUGGAACUGGUUUUGCAUUUGGAUUUCUUGUGGGAAGAAUGAUUCUGGCUCACUUGUGUGAUGAACCCAAGGGUUUGAAAACAGGGAUGUGCAUGUCCCUUGCGUAUUUUCCAUUUGCAAUUGCAAACGCGUUGACUGCCCGGCUUGAUGAUGGAAAUCCACUCGUUGAUGAGCAGCUAGUGCUCCUGAUGUACUGCCUAUUUACAGUGGCUCUGUACAUGCAUUUUGCUACAUCAGUUAUUCAUGAGAUCACCAAUGCACUCGGGAUCCACUGCUUCAGGAUCACUAGGAAAAAGGCAUAGUUCCUCCGUCCACGGGCAUCAGCGUUGCCCUGGAUUGUGUAAUCAAUCACAACUCACAAGGUGGUGCCUGACAGACAAGCAAUUUUUCAUAUUUAAUGGAUGCUGCUUCCUGAAUACUCACAUGGAUGACGCCCCCCCCCCCCCCCCCCCCCCCCGCCCCUUAAAAUUCACAUCGGCAUGAACGUGCGGAUGAGAAAGCAGUGUUUUUUUUUGAAACAAUUAGCAACAUCAUGCUGUAUCUUACCAAUUUUUUGUGGAAUUCGUUGAAUUUGCUGAUAGUGAUGUAUUGCAAAUUAAGAAUUGUUUGGAUUUUGUUAAAGGAAUGCCCCC